GUGGAGCAGCAAGUCUAGACAAAGCUCCGGAUCGGGAGGCUGAUGAACCUGCUGUGGAUCCCUCGCUGAAACCCCCUUCGCCCGCUGCGCGUGUAGAGGAGAAAAGGAGGUGCCGUUCAACAGUCAGCCGUAAUGAUGCAACCGCGCUACCCAACAUGGAAGAGACUACAGCUUCGCGCCGCUCAGAACGGGCGAGACGCCGGAACAUAUCCAAGUCUAGUGAAACUUUGAAUGCAUCCCAAACGGACGAGGUGGUAUUUUUAGGAUCACAGACCUGCGACGGCUCUCAGGCACCUAAGGAAAAGCCUCGGACUUCACGGGGUCCCAAACACUCUUCCAAGAGAUCAAUAAGCACAAAACUUCCAGACGAUGCCUCCGUUCCAAAGGACGGGAAAUCCAGCCCGCCCACAUCACCUGAGGAUGAUUCCCCGCUAUCUGAGAAUCUCUGCAAAGCGACUACGACUGAAACAGAGCGGACAAAUCCAAGUAAAAAGGAAACGAAAGCAACAAGCGCAGCCUCUCCAUCAGAGAAGGGAAAGAGCCUCAAACCCAAACCAGCAACGCAGGCCCAAGAUACACCAAUCAAACCAGACUCUGAAAUACACCAACCUCCUGAGAAUCUCCGAGUCACAUCCCACGUUGACUCGCCACCGGGGAAGGGAACCAAACCCAACCCAACAACCCAGGACCAGGAUAAACCAAAAAAACCAGACCCUGGAAUCCGCCAACCUGAAUCCCACGGAGUUCCCUCCCACGUCGAUUCAGUUAUAAUAUGCAACGGAUACUGG